CGCGCAUGCUCGGCGCGCGCCCCUCCCCGCUCCGGCCGUUCCCAGCGGCGGCGGCGGCGGGGCAGGAUGAAGGACCGGACCGGGGAGCUGCGCGCUGCGAAGGACAGUGACGAUGAUGAUGAAGUCACCGUCAGCGUGGACCGGGAUCGCUUCAUGGACGAGUUCUUUGAGCAGGUGGAAGAAAUUCGAGGGUUCAUCGACAAAAUUUCGGAGAACGUGGAGGAGGUGAAGAGGAAGCACAGCGCCAUCCUCGCCUCGCCCAACCCCGACGAGAAAACGAAGGAGGAGCUGGAAGAGCUGAUGUCUGACAUAAAGAAGACGGCGAACAAAGUGCGCUCCAAGCUAAAGAGUAUUGAGCAGAGUAUUGAACAAGAGGAAGGACUGAACAGGUCAUCGGCCGACCUACGGAUAAGGAAAACUCAGCAUUCCACACUGUCCCGCAAGUUCGUGGAGGUGAUGUCCGAGUACAACGCCACGCAGACCGACUACCGGGAGCGCUGCAAGGGCAGGAUCCAGAGGCAGCUGGAGAUCACUGGCAGGACCACCACCAGCGAGGAGCUGGAGGACAUGCUGGAGAGCGGCAACCCGGCCAUCUUCUCCUCCGGGAUCAUCAUGGAUUCAAACAUCACCAAGCAGGCACUGAAUGAGAUCGAGACACGGCACAGCGAGAUCAUCAAACUGGAGAACAGCAUCCGGGAGCUGCACGACAUGUUCAUGGACAUGGCCAUGCUGGUGGAGAGCCAGGGAGAGAUGAUUGACCGCAUCGAGUACAACGUGGAGCACUCGGUGGACUACGUGGAGAGGGCUGUGUCUGACACCAAAAAAGCGGUGAAGUACCAGAGCAAAGCCAGACGGAAGAAGAUCAUGAUCAUAAUCUGCUGCGUGAUCCUGGGCAUCGUCAUCGCCUCCACCUUCGGCGGCAUUUUCGGCUAAACUCACCCCACGGGACUGUUUGUGUGCGAUGGACGGAGCCGCGCGUGCCAUGGGGCUGCAGCCACACCGGAGCGACCCACGCAGCCCCGGAGCCUCCCAGCAGCAUUUCAGUUUCUAAUGCAUGGUUGUUUGUGACGCUGUGUGUGCGGUGCGGUGCGUCUGUGUGGAGGGAGCGCCGGCCCCGGGGCGCAGGCGGGGGGCGCGGGACGGUGAUGGGCACGAGGGGGACCCUGGAGUGGGGAACCCGAGCUCUCAUCACUGCUCCAGCCCGGGUGGCUGGCUGGGACCGGGUGGGGACAGAGGCGCCCUUGUGGCGCUGCUGCUCCUCCUGUGCUGGGCAGUCUGUGUUAGAGACAGCUGAGGAUGAGGAGGGACAGGAGGCAGGUGUUAAGGGUCUUAGGGAGCACAGUGCCCAGUCAACCUCCCCAGCUUCCUCAUCACCUCUAGCCAGAGCUCUCAUAUCUGUCAGCUGCGUCUGUGCUUGCGAACACCUUCCCUUGGGCUGCUUCUCUCCGGGGUCCUUCCCCAGGGGUGUGCUCUGCCCGGCCCUACCUGUCCCGUGGCUGUGCCUGGCUCUGGGGCUCCGUCCCUGUCACUCCGCCAGUGGCAGGGCUGUCCCCUCCCCAGGAGAGCCCUCGCUCUGGUGCAGGUGCCAGGGGCUGGAUGUGCUGCUGUUGGGCGGUGGGUGCCUGAUGGAGCAGUGUGGGUGGGAUAAGCAGCUGCUGCUUGGGGCCAUCACACUUGCCUGGGGACAGGGACAGGCCAUGUGGGGACCUGUGCUGCACCUGGUUGCUGGCCUGGCAGGGCAGGAUGGCACAGGUAGUUUACAGCCGGUGAGUUUUGCUGUCUGCUCGCCCUGCACCGGAGCCUCAUCAUUCUGCUCUCAGCCCUGGCACACAGUGGUCCUGGUUCCCGCUGCCCCAAGGCCUGGGCUUUAUUGCUGGGAUUUGGGGCUGGCACUGAUGCCCACAGCCCCUGGCAGCACCUGCCUGCUCCAUUCUGGCUUCUCCACACAGGCCAGGGGUUGGAGGUAGUUGGGCUCUCUCCUGUUGUGGUCCCAGGAGAAGCCCUUGCUGCAUCCACUCCCCUGCAAGUGAGGGGUAGCAGCCUUCCUCCACCUGUAUCCAACCAGCUCCUGAGCAGGCCAGUGCCUGACUGCCUCUUUGCCACCUCCUGGCACCCCCCUGCCCCUGGCACAGCGCCCUUCUGCUUGGCCAUCCCGUGAGGCACCUGCCUUCGGUGGGGUGCUGUGGGAGCACCUCUGCCAUGCCCAGGAGAUGGAUGCAGCUGCUCUGGGGUCCUGCUGGCAGCUCAGAGGGGUCCUGUGCUGCCACUGCCCAUUUCCCUGGGGCCGGGGACAGGGCUCUGCCCUCAUCUUCCUCCAGAGGGCCCAGGGCUCCGGCUGGCCCGUGCACAUGCCAAAGCACCCCAGAGGAGCCCCAAGCAGGGGAGGCACUUGAGGCCAGGCUCACUGCCAUGCACUGGGACAGGGCUGUGAGCCCAGGUGCUGGUAGCAGAAAAGGGGCACUUGACAGCAGCCAGUAUUCCAGCCACGGGCAGUGUCACCUCCCUGCUCCCACCGGGGUCGGGGCAGGGCUGCUCCAGCAGCUGGCGGGGUGCUGUGGCUCAGGCACUGGUUGUGUGGUGCCCAUGGGUGCGAGGGGAAGGCAGUGGCUGUAACCACACAGCACUGCGUCCCCCAGGGCCAGCCCUGCCCAGCAGCAGCCCUGACACGGCUCCUUCCCUGCCACUGUCACCCGAGGUCCCACUGUACAGCUCCUGGUUGCAUCCAGCCGCCCUUGGGAAGCGAGUCCAGCCUGGUCCCCCACACUGCCCAGCCCAAGCCCCUUGGGGUGCGGCCACGGGAACAUCCAAGGCCAGAGCCCCCUUUCACGGUCCUGCACCAAUGGAUGUGAGCUCCAGCACUGCAGCCUGCGUGGGCCGAAGGGCUUGGGGCACCGGGACAGCGCAGGCAGGGGCAGGAGGGAGGCACGGGCAAGGUCCCUGCUCUGGGGGGACAUGUCUGGCUGCAGGCAAGGGAGCUGGAGGCAAUGCUGAGUGCCCGUGCUCCUGCCCCCAUGCAGCUCCCUGCCACGGCCGCCUGCGCUCGCUCUGCCGGGCCAGCGAGAGCCUCGGGCCCCUCCUCCGGGAAGCAAUAACACUGGGCAGGCAGGAAAAUCCUCCUCGCAAGCUCCCGCCCUGCAGCUAUGCCCACUGCUAGCACAAGGUGACUUUUGUUUUUCUUCCAAGCAGCGGCUUUUGUGGCACAUGCUCACCUGACAUCAGGGCUGUGGCACCCCUGUCAAGGCACAAGAGGAAUUCUGGCCCUUGCUCCUUCCUUGUUGGCACCACCACUGCCAGCAGCCCCCCAGCAGCAGGAGCCGGGCGGGGCCAGUCUGGGCCGCAGGCACUUUGCUGGGAUCCUGCAGGCCGUGGCACAGCCAGGCUCCGAGGCGAGGGAGGCGAGGAGCAGGCUGCCACUGCUGCCCCACAGGCAGGCUCACACUGUCCUCGCUGUGAGGGGAGGGUGUUUUGGUGCAAUAAUUACCCCUGCACUACGGGAAGCCCCGUUCAGUUCCUUUUUACCUACCUGUUGUUGCAUGUACAGACCAAAUCACCAAGUGUGGUUGUGCUUUGGGAAGACAUUUCACUUUUUUCUUUCCAGCCCCCAACCUCCGCCCGCUUGUCCUUUGGGUUCCACCACCUCUGUUCCAAGUGCCACCUGCCCUCCCCGCGCCGGGAGCGUGUCGAUGCAGUAUUCCACGAGCAGUGUGGGGCACGCACAGCUUGCACUCGAACUGGGGAUUGGUUUUUUUUGUAAUUAAUGUACUUGAAGGCUUUCCGAGCCCCCCGUGGAGUUGUACUGUUGCUGUACUGUGAGCUAAGUGUCCUUGUUUUCUAUGUGGAUCUUGACCCUGGCUUGCUCUGUCUCACUGGGCUGGAUGACACUGUAUGUUGCCUCUUUUCUCCUUCCCCCUUUUCCCUCCCUGCUAGCCUCCCUUUCUUCUCCAAAAGCUUUGGGUGCAAAACAGCUUCCCAUUUUGUGGAAUUUUUAUGUAGAAUAAACAUUUGUAACUGUAAA